CCCCAAAAAAAACCUUCGCACUCAUCCGGUGUGUUUUGCACCAGAGAGGAUCGUGGACAAACAAGUUGGUCGAACCCGAGACCCGAACUGAAUCCAAAACCGGAAGAAAUGGACUUAAACCAAAAGCUAUCGUUGGAGCUGCAGCAACGGUCACCGAAAGAUGUCCAGGAGUUAGUUCUGGACAACUGUCGUGCCGUUGACGGGAGAAUUGAAGGCAUCACAGAAGAGUUUUGCAAUCUGGAGACGCUGAGCCUCAUCAAUGUGCGCCUGACCACUUUAGAAGAUAUUCCAAAACUGGACAAACUGAAAAAGUUGGAGCUAAGCGACAACAGAAUAUCGGGGGGUCUGGAGGUUCUGGCUGAGCGACUCAAGAGCCUGAAGCAUCUUCACCUCAGUGGCAACAAGUUCAAAGACAUAAGCACCCUGGAGCCACUGAAAAAUCUGCCUCAGCUGAAGAGUCUGGACCUUUUCAAUUGCGAGGUGACCAACCUGGCUGACUACAGAGAGUCAAUUUUCAAGCUGCUCCCCAACCUCACAUACCUGGACGGCUUUGACAUUGAUGACUGUGAGGGGUCCGACUCAGAGGGUGAAGUGGAUGGACCAGACGACGAUGAUGAAGGCUGCGAAUCGGAAGACUUUGAGGACGAAGAGGAGGAUGAAGAGGACAUUGUGGCUGUAGAGGACUAUGAUGAAGACGAUGACAGUGGUGAUGAUGAGUCUCUGCAGGACGGACACGUGAAUGGAGAUGUUGACAGUGACGAAGAUGUUGACGAUGAAGAGGACGAUGAGGAUGAUGAAGCAGAUGAAGGCUCAUCUCCAGCCAAAGGAGAAAAGAGGAAGAGGGACCCUGAAGAUGAUGAAGAAGAUGAUUUAGACGAUGAUUAAUUCCCAUCUGACCUCUCUCUCGGCACCUCCCGGGCUGCAUUCCAUUUCUCCAAGUGGUACCCUCCCAUUGAUGACAUGUCAAUCUUUUUUUGUUUGUGUGUGUUUGUGCGUUUUUUUUCCUUUUCUGUUUUUUUUAAACUGGCACAGAAAGUUAAGUUGACUUUAAAAGUUUGACAGGACGUGAUUCAGAUUUGUAUCUGAUGUCGCUGCUGACAUCAUCCCAAAGUUUCUCAGGACUGAAAGCUUUUGUUCUGCCGGCACAAGAAGGUUGUUUAGAGUCUUCAUUAAAUGCCACGCAAGAAGAACUAAGUGUUUUGGACAUUGAUUGCUGGAACAGUCACUUCUACAUUUAGGUGAGGUAAAUCUGCGAUGCCACAGGAGGUAAUUGCACCCAAAUGUCCCCCCAACGAACCAACUGAUGAUGUCAUCAAUCCCCCCAAGUGCUCAGGGCAGAAUCUUACCCCUCUUUUAUUUUUCUUGCCAAUUACCUAAUCCCCUCACCCGCCCUAGAGAAAUGUUGUUUGUCCGGGGGAGAGCUUUUUAUCCCCCUCCUCAUCCUACCCACUUUGCCUUUACGUUUACACUGUUUUGUUUUUGUUUACUCUCUGUAAGUUAAAGGAAAAACUACGAAAAAAAACACAAAAAUGGAGUUGUAAAUAAAAUCUUAACGUUUUGCUUU